CCUCUCUACAUCUUGACUUCCAACAUAAACCCCUCAAAAGAUCAUCCCUAGGACUUGCCUAUACAAACUAUACAUUCGGACUAACACAUCAAGAUGAGUGAUUGGGAUGCUAGCGACAACGAAAACCAGAAGAGCUCUUUACCGGUGAUACCAAUCACAGCUACUGUGAAAACCAACAAAUGGGCAGACGAGGACGCAGAUGAAGAUGUAAAGGACGAUUGGGAGGCGUCUGAAGAUUCUGAUAGCGAGAAAAAGCAAGAGGCAACAAAACCCAAAGGGCCCGUUCGCAAUAAAGGAAUCACUAAAAUGAAAAUCGCUGAAAAGGAAGCUGAAGAAGCUGCUCGACUUGCUGAGCUCCAAGCAAAGGCUGAGGAAGAAGCGGAUCCAAUCUUGAGGAAAAGACGUGAACAACAGAGAACGGUCGAGGCUGACAUGGAGAAUGCCAGAGGACUUUUUGGCGAUGCUGUUAUAUCGUCUAAUAAUGAAGACCCGAUGAAGAUGAACCCUAAAACCAAGGAGGAUUUUGAGGCCAUGUCUACAGCUUUAUCCAAGUUGAUAAUAUCUAAACAUGGCUCAAAAGCCCUGUAUCCUACUUUCUUGGAACACUUCAUACGUCAAUUAGCCGCACCCAUCAGCGAUGUCCACGCCAGAAAGGCUGCUUCCGCACUCACCACAAUAGCCAAUGAGAAACAGCGGAUAGCUCGUGAUGCCAAGAAAGGGGGAAAAGGAGGUAAAGUUAAACCAACCUUGGGUGGUGUGGUAGGAACAAGUGCGAGCGCAGGAGUCAAAGGUGGAAGGGGCGCCAUGGCUGACUUAGAAGUAUAUGAUCAAGCGCUCGAUGACGACUAUGAUGAUGAUUUCAUGUGAGAAUGUUGUUAUCAGUAAAAUAUACAAUAGAUGGUCCAACAGUCUUGUGCAAAUGUACACGGAAGGUCUUCUUGUUGAACAAAAUGGCCGACGCCGGAUCUGUACCGAUACCAUCCCAUCUCACCCAUUUCCCGUUAUCCUGCUCCUGUAAUGCCACCCAAAUCUUCAUAUUACG